UCUAGUAUAUAAUGGAUUGUUUUGUCCUAGAAUUAUUAAACGGGUGAAAAGCCAUAAUUAAUUAUGUCUAAAUUGGUUUUCUUUGUUACUGUUCUUGGGCUUAUUGCUAAGGGUUAUUCGCUACCAAACCCUAAUGUGCGCAUAGUAGGGGGCCAAGAUGCCCCUGAGGGCCGUGUGCCCUACCAGGUGUCCCUACGGGUAUUUGGCUCGCAUUUUUGCGGAGGAAGCAUUCUCAACAAGCGAUGGGUGCUGACCGCUGCGCAUUGUACUGAGAGCACGGCUCACUGGCUGAUCUCAGUAGUGGUGGGAACAUCAAGUUUAUCUAAAGGAGGAGUCCGUUACUCAGUGGACUUGGUCUCCGUGCACGAAAACUAUGACAACCAGGUGAUCACGCAAGACAUCAGCCUCAUCCGAGUGUCCAAAAACAUAGUGUUUAACGGCUUAGUGCAGCCCAUCGCACUCCCGGACUCCGACACUGAAGCCGGAGCGCCUCUGUUCCUGAGCGGCUGGGGCCGGAUCGCAUACCCAGGCAAUCUUCCUGACCAUCUUCAGAUGAUCAACCUGACCGCGUUGAGCGUACAAGACUGUCAAGAGCGUUUGUCCAGCAUCAACCCGGUGUUCGAGUCCCAGAUAUGUUCCCUGACUCAGGCUGGUGAGGGAGCUUGCCAUGGCGAUAGCGGGGGUCCUCUAGUGGAGGGAGGGCGGGUAGUGGGGGUGGUGUCGUGGGGCAUGCCGUGCGCGCGCGGCUACCCCGACGUGUACACGCGCGUGUACCACUACACUGCCUGGAUUCACGAGCGGAUCUCAACUGAUGAGUAGCCUAGUA